AUGGCAGUGAGUCUCCAAAAUAGUAGGGACUUAGAUUUGGAGCAAGGAAUUGCUCGCGAAAGCAGGCCGACUGAGACACUGGUGCCAGUACCCAUUGAGAUAGAUGAUUCAGCAGGUUUAACUAAGGUGACGGUACAGAAUGCGCAAGAAAACACCAACAAGGAAGACGUGGUUGAGAAAGAGACUGAAGAUGCACCGGAACUGACAGUAGAAGCAGUUACCGAACAAGAGAAAAACCAAAUUACAGGGAAGAAGCAACCUCCAACACCAUUCCCACAGAGAUUGGCUAAGUAUCACAAAGAUGAGCAGUACAAGAAAUUCUUGGAGAUUGUUGUUGUGACAAAACCUAUAGCUGAGAAGUUGUCUGACCCAGGGAGUUUCACAAUCCCUUGCACAAUAGGCAAUUUUGCAUUUGCUAAGGCACUGUAUGAUCUGGGAGCAAGCAUAAACCUUAUGCCCCUAGCUAUCUACAAAAGUCUAGGCAUUGGAAGAGCUAGACCUACGUCUAUGCUACUACAGCUAGAUGACCGAAUUGUGAAAAGACCCUCUGGGAUUCUAGAUGAUGUAUUGGUGCAGGCCAAGGUUUUUGGGAAAAGGGAGCUUGAAUUUGAGCCUUUGCACUUGGAGGAAAGAAAAACUCCUCCAUCUAAGCCAUCAAUAGAAGAGCCACCAAAGCUGGAACUGAAGCCAUAG